UCGAUUAUACCCUCAAGGCGAGCACGCAUGCAAGUUUAAUAUAAACCAGGGUAAGCCCAUUGGCGUGCAGGGCGGGAUUUAAAGCGAAGAUAAUCUCUGGGGUAUAAACGAAGUCCGGGGUACAUUUCGACCUAUUAGGGGACUUGUUUUUGCAAUGCGAUUGAUUUUAGCCUCAUUCGACAGCCUAACUAGGUCGUUCGAAUUGGCUCUUUGACUGCUGUCAGAUGAAUAAAAUUCAGGGAUCUUCGAGAAAUUAUCCUAUUUCAUCUGGUACAGCCCACGGCGUCCAAGACCGGAUAAAGACGAACCCAACAUCGAAAAAUGCUUACCUAGAUAUAGAUAGGAUGGUGCAAAACCGAAUUCUGCUUCUUUUUAAGGUAUCCUAAUGAGAAAUGGAGCCAAAGAAAAUUUCUGCGGGGAUACUAUAGCACGAUUCAUAUCAGUUAUGUAUUAGAUUAGUUCUUUUCUUGAUACUGAUUGCCGGCGUUGCUGCCAUAGAAAAUGAUGUCUGCCGUGACAGUGAUUCUUGGCGGUCUCGAUGGAGCAAUGGUGUUGAUGAGCCCGAUAUGUCCCGUUGACAAGCUUUACGCUCAGCAUUUCGAUGGCUAAAAAGGAGGUUAUCCCUUUCAUUCUCUUCCUAAGGGACUUGGGAUUUUUUUUCUCCGUUGGGACUACCUAGGUCACUUCGUAAGAAAGAUCUACUCGAAAGAUGGUGUUCGUACCUUCGGUGGCGGCCGUAUUGGCCGUAGCUCUAUCGUUGAGCCCUAUGACGGUCCUCGGACAUCCGGGGGAGAAGUAUGGGAAGCGUGAGGCUAUGGAGGAGAUGGGUAACGCCCAUGUUGUCUCUACGAUGAAUGCGAGGGCUUUAGAGGCGUGCCAUAAUUCACCUGAGGUGAAGGCUCGCAAGGACCGUGCUAUGGCUCGACGAGCAGAGACUUUUGCACGACUUCGUCGCGAAAGGGGUAUCGACAAUGCCCCCUGGCUUCAUCGCCGUGAUGCCGCAGCGCUUCAAAAAUGGGCAGCCCUAUCACACAACAAGACAGGAUCCUUCAAUUUCAACAAGGAAACGCCUAACAAGGAAAUCUUCGGGACCAACACCAGCUGUGUGCUGACUCCCGAUAAUGCCAACGGUCCUUACUUCGUCUAUCAGGAACAUAUCCGUAGUGACGUGGUAGAAGAUGUCGUAGGAGUACCUCUACACCUCGAACUCCAAUUUAUCGAUGUUCAAGAUUGCAAACCGGCUACGAAGAUCCUCGUCGACACCUGGUCAUGUAAUGCGACCGGCGCAUACAGUGGUGUUAGCGCGCGUGGCGAGGGUGGUCUUGGUACUACUUAUCUGCGUGGUGUUCAACCUACCGAUGAAGACGGCGUUGUCAGCUUUGACACCAUCUUCCCAGGUCACUACGCGGGUCGCGCUACUCACCAGCACUUGAUCGCUCACGUCGGCUCCCAGGUUCUCGAGAAUGGGACGUAUACCGGUGGUAACGUAGCCCAUCUCUCGCAAUUGUUCUUCGACCAGACUCUACGCGACACGAUCGAAGCUACCGCGCCGUAUAAGGAUAACACCAUCCCACAUACGACGAACCUACGGGAUUGGUUCACGGGAUACGCGGCGACGGCUGAUUACGAUCCCUUCCCGAACUAUAUCAUGCUCGGUGGGGAUCUAAAGGAUGGUCUGUUCGUAUGGGCUGAGUUGGGAUUGAACACUUCGUCUAAUUGGGAUUAUUAUGCCCCAUAUGCAUCGACGUGGAAGGAGGGUGGUGGAUAUGAUAACCCGGAUUUCGAUUUUAUGAGGGUUGCUUCGCCACCGCCUACGCAUGGCUAAUGGUGUAGACGAUUGCUGUUGGACGUGGGGCUUAUGCUUAUGAAGAGGUGUAAAAAUAUUUACAUACCUUGCUAUCACGUAGCAUAGAUGACGGGAGGAGUCGUAAUAGUGUCGGAGAGGUUCAAUGUCUAGUUUAUAUCUAAAUAGAAUAUUAUUUCACAACAUCCUUCCGAG